AUGCGCGGGCCCGGGCGACCCCUCCUCCUGGCGCUGCUGCUCGUCCUGGGCGCGGCGGGGCCCGGCCGGGGAGUCGCGGAGCCCCGGGAGGCGGCGGACAGGCAGACGCUGCUGCGGCUCAUCGUGGAGAUCAUGCAGGAGCUCAAGAGGUACCACUCGGGGGAGUCCAAGCGGCUGCAGCCCCCGGGCCCGCAGGACGCCGCCCCGGGCCGCAGGGAGGCCUCGGACUACGGGCUGGACCCCGAGGAGCAGCGAGCGGAAAUCGUUCCUCGGGAUCUGAGGAUGAAGGACAAGUUUUUAAAGCAUCUUACAGGGCCUCUGUACUUCAGCCCCAAGUGCAGCAAACACUUUCACAGGCUCUACCACAACACCAGAGACUGUACCGUCCCAGCGUACUACAAGCGAUGUGCCCGGCUCCUCACCCGGCUGGCCGUGAGCCCCGUGUGCAUGGACGGAUAA